GUGUGUGUUAUGUUUUCAAGGCUUAAAACGAGGAGCUUACAUAAUAGACAAGAAGUUUGUAUGUGUCUUAGCAUAGGAAGAGUUCAAAGACAGUUCUUCCUCGUUUAAGAAAACCCUCUCUUUCCCUCCUUUCCUCCAAACCCUCAAACCCCACCAACCAACAAUUCACUCCCAUUCUCCUUCUCUCCUUCUUCAUCCAUACCCAUAAAACCCAAUUCAGGAUUCACCCCAUCUCCAGCUUCCACUUCCAAUCCAUAUGGGUACAAGAACACAGCAACCAUCCCGAGAAGACGACGAUGACGACCUCCCAAGUGGCCCUGGUGCCACCACCAUUUCGGGUCAGUCUGUUUCAAUGAGUGGCAGUGUGGGUUCUCCUUCUAGUCGCAGCGAGCAAACCAUGGCUACGCCUGCCAGCGACAACACUUUUCUUCGAUUGAACAACCUCGACAUCCAUGGCGACGAGGCGGGGUCGCAAGGACCCACUGCUAAUGUGAAGAAAAAGAGGGGUCAGCGUGCUGUUGGAGGGGACAAGAGUGGAAGGGGGCUUCGCCAAUUCAGCAUGAAAGUUUGCGAGAAAGUGGAGAGUAAGGGAAGAACGACAUAUAACGAGGUUGCAGAUGAACUUGUCGCAGAGUUUGCUGAUCCUGGCAACAGUGUUGCAUCGCCAGAUCAGCAGCAACAGUACGACGAAAAAAAUAUUAGGCGGAGGGUAUAUGAUGCCCUGAAUGUCCUCAUGGCAAUGGAUAUUAUAUCAAAGGAUAAGAAGGAGAUACAAUGGAAGGGUCUACCACGUACCAGCGUGAAUGAUAUUGAAGAACUAAAGGCAGAGCGUCUUGGACUUCGAAAUAGGAUUGAAAAGAAAGCAGCGUACUUGCAAGAGUUGGAGGAACAGUAUGUAGGUCUUCAGAACCUAAUACAGCGAAACGAACAAUUAUUCAGUUCGGAGAAUGCCCCCAGUGGUGGCGUGUCUUUGCCUUUCAUCCUGGUGCAGACGAGGCCUCAUGCAACUGUUGAGAUAGAAAUUUCAGAAGAUAUGCAGCUGGUGCAUUUUGAUUUCAACAGUACUCCCUUUGAGCUCCAUGAUGACAAUUAUGUUUUGAAGGCGAUGAAAUUUUGCAACAGACCGCAAUGCGAUAAUACAGCACAAAAUUUUACUCCUGAUGGUGGGGAGGGUUCUAGCAUGUCAGGCAUGUAUCAACCACCCCAUAUGCCUAUUCCUUCGUUGUCUAACACGCCGGUUAGAACACCAACCUCACCCCCACUUCCUGGAAUCAUAAAAGCUCGCGUCAAACACGAACAUUAAUGAUUGGUAGACCGAGCUUGACUUUGAGUGUCUUCUGCAUUAAUCUCUGCAUGAUUGUAUAUUCUGCAUGUUCUUAUUGCUGUGGCCUUCUUGGAUUACUGUGGGAUCAUAUAGGGAUGACAGUUCACUACAUCAAACUUCAUGCAAUCAAAUUCAUUUAGCUUGGAACUGAUUUAAGUCGUUGGGUGGCUUAGAGCUAAUUCUUUGCUCCAGAUGUUCUUCAACUUUUCAUAUACUGUAUUUGAUUAGUCAUGUAAUGUGCCUCUUUCUAUUCCUCAUCCUUGUAGAAGUAUAGAUUUGAGAUGUAUUAGGAUUGUGGAGGGUUGAUUAAACUACGGAUCAUUACGGAAUGGAGUUGAACAAUGCUUCGAAUCUGUUUACCUUGUACAGAAUUCUAGUUCCAAUGCCAAAUAUUGUCUUAUUGUAUUGUUUCCAGAAA